AUGUACUCCGCUCCUGGCACGUCAAAACAGGGAACGAGCCUGACAAUGGGGAGCCGGUGGGCGACGUACGGUCGCACAAGCUACGGAGGCAACCCCAUCAUCCAGCAAACCCUUCCGGCCUUAUUCCUCUACUUCACUCCUCUCGCGGUUCUCCUCGCCUUUGCCGUCGUGACGCUUCUCUUCAUUCCGCUGGGCAUCUCCUCCAUCCUCGCCAGCGACCGCUACUACGAGGUGCGGCAGCAGUACAGCGCGAUCCACCGCUAUCAGUACCUGCCGACGGACCCCAGCGUCAACGUGAAUCAGGGCAUUCGCGCCUUCACGGUGGGGAACGUCACGCACCGGCAGGGCACCCGCACCCGCGUCACGCUGGAGCUGCGGGAGACGCUGAAGGCCCCGGUGUACCUGUACUACACGCUGGAAAACUUUUUUCAGAACUUUAGGGACUUCCACGACGGGGCCUCACGCAACCUUCUGCGCGGGAAGGAGCGUCGCAGCAAGACGUACAAGGAGUGCGAGCCAUUUCAAAAGCCCGGGUUCCUCAACGGCAUGCUGGGCAAGGAAGUCAAGGUCGAGGAAAAGGGUGUAGCACGUGUGUUGCGUUACGAGGAUUUCAUUUACAAUCCGUGUGGAAUGGCGCCGUGGUCGAUGUUCAACGAUACCUUUGUCCUCUACCGGGUGGAGGCCCCAGCGGGCGGCGGUACGCACUCGGCCGACAAUCUCAUGUUGAUCUGCAACUCCAGCGAUUUUGGUCCCACCGGCAAACCCCUUGGCCACAGUGUCGCGCGCAACCACUGCCGCAAGCGGGGCAUCUCGUGGAAGGCGGAUAGAAAAGUGCGGUACAAGCCGCUACGCACCAGCCUGCGACGAUGGUCGCUGCGCUACCCCUACCCCAACGAUGAUGUGUACCUCACAAAUGGGUGGUACGCGAAUGAGCCCGGUCACAGCCUAACCGACCCAGCCGACUACGAUGUGCAUGUGUGGCUACGCGGUUCGGCGCUGCCCAACUUCCGCAAGCUGCUCCGAAUCAUUGACGUGGACCUGGAAAAGGGAAAGUACGUUAUGGACAUUGAGGAGUACUUUGACGUCACAACGUUUCGCGGCGCCAAGGGGUUCCUCCUCCGCACCCGUUCGUGGGUAGGCAAGGACGGCCACGCCCUUGGGAUUGCCUUCCUCUCCGUGGGGGCGCUCGCUUUCGUGCUCGGGCUCACCUUCGCCACUGAGUUCUUCCUGCGGCGACACAAAGAUGCGCGGCCGCUGCCGGAGCCCAAGUCCCGGUGGUACGUGUUUGACCCCAAUAGUGUGGAGAUGCGGGUAUACUAUGAACAGCUAACAAGGCGCCACGAAACAGAGGGAGGGGAUUUUGGGGAUGAAGCACUGUGA